AUGAUAAGUAUAAUAUGCUUUAUCAUAAUAAAUGCAUUAUCAAGACUACUACUAUUAGGUGAUUUACAAGAAAACCCCACAUUUACACAACAACAAGAUAGAAUUCUACUACCUCAAGAUCAAGAAUCAGAAUCAGAAGAAUCAAUAAAUUUACAAUUAAAACAUAUUUUUCAUCAUGGAAUAGGUAAAGAUGAUUAUAGGAUACAUAAAAGAUUAGAUAUUACAGAAGAAUAUUUAUCAAAGCAUCAAGAAUAUUUCAAUAAAUUAAUUAAUGAUAUUAGUAAACAAGCACAAACACAAGAAGAUAAUGAUAAUGAUUGGCCUUUAAUACAUAAAAAUUCAAAUCCUUUCAGUAUAAAACUACCGUUCAAAACAUCCAAAUCCAUAGCAAAAAGAUUAAAAGAUAGAAAUGAACCAAAUUUCAUAGAAUCAUAUCUUGAUUAUGCAAGAUCUAUAAAUGGUAAUCCCCAAAUAUUAAAUAAAAUUAAUUUAGAAUGGAUUGAUGAAGAUAUUACAGUCCCCAAUGUAACAGAUAGAGAUACAAUUAUAACAUUAGCUACAAUCUCAUCAAAUUCUUAUGUUCGAUUUCCAAAAGAUGAUGAUGAAAAAAAAAAAUCAGAUUGGAUUGAUGUUGGAGGUUGGGAACCGAAUGAUUCAAAUGAAAAUAUAAAUUUUGGAUGGGAAAAAAUUGGAAUGAGAGGUCAUAUAUUUGUAAGUAAUGAUAAUAAAACUGUUGUUAUUGGUAUAAAAGGAACUUCUGGAGCAGGAUUACCAGGAGGAUCAAGUGAUGAAACUUCAGGAGUUGAUAAAAUAAAUGAUAAUUUAUUAUUUUCUUGUUGUUGUGCAAGAGUUGGUUAUAUGUGGACUACAGUAUGUGAUUGUUAUGAAAAAACUUAUACUUGUAAUCAAGAUUGUUUAGAAAAAGAACUUAGAAGAAAAGAUAGAUUUUAUCAAGCUGCUUUAGAUAUUUAUAAAAAUGUUACUGAAAUUUAUUCACCUGAUGAAUUUGAAAUUUGGGUAACUGGUCAUUCAUUAGGUGGAGCAAUGGCUUCUUUAUUAGGUAGAACUUAUGGUUUACCAGUUGUUGCUUAUGAAGCUCCUGGAGAAAUGUUAGCAACAAAAAGAUUACAUUUACCUCAACCUCCAGGAUUACCAAAACAUUUAGAAAAUAUUUGGCAUAUUGGUAAUACUGCUGAUCCAAUAUAUAUGGGAGUUUGUAAUGGUGCAUCAAGUUCAUGUUCUUUAGCUGGUUAUGCAAUGGAAACUGCUUGUCAUACUGGUUAUCAAUGUGUUUAUGAUGUUGUUGGUGAUAAAGGUUGGAGAGUAAAUUUAUUGAAUCAUAGAAUUCAUACAGUUAUAGAUGAUAUUAUUUUAACUUAUAAUGAAACUGCUAAAUGUGUUGAACAACCUCCUUGUAGAGAUUGUUUUAAUUGGAGAUUUGUAAGUCAUAUAGAUGAUGAUUAA